CUGGUGUGCUGAGCCGAGGCUGUAUAAUAAUUGUUAUUUUACACCCGUGACAAUGAAUUUAGGUUGCCUCUAUACAAGAUAUAUCAAGGACAGUUUAAACAAUGCCAGACAAUUAACACGAAGUUGGUCUAGGCAGCUGCAGGUUGUCAUAAGGCAAGAGUCAGCUUUAAGGUAUGGUGAGACUAGUAAGGGUGCUAUAGAUCUCCAGUAUAAACCUUUAAUGAAUAAUUGUAUACUGUUCAAGUUACAAAAGUCAGCAGAAACAAUAGCUGGACUUGGCAGCAGAAGAAGACUGUAUUCUGGAUAUUCUAAAUUUUCAGUUCAAGAACAGCGUUGGCCAUUGAGAAGAAGCAUUGGUUGUGAUAACUCUCCUGGUGUGAAGUUAUUAUCAUCACAGCACACAGAGGUUGUAGAUAAUUUAGAAGUGAGAGAUAUUAUAGAGCCGACAAGAGUGCCAGAAUAUUUCUACUUCCAUGCAUCUUGCAGCUCAAAUACAAGAUCUUCAAUAAAUUCGUCUUUUGAAGUUGUGAACAAUUUUGUGAGUGAAGAUGAAGAGGAAGUGUUAAUGAAGGAAAUUGAACCACACCUUAAGAGACUGAAGUAUGAAUAUAAUCACUGGGAUGAUGCAAUUCAUGGAUUUCGAGAAACAGAACGCUCAAGAUGGGGAGAAGCUUCUGCCCACAUCCUUACCAGAAUCCGACAGUAUGCCUUUCCUACAACAGAACACCAGUUGCCGCAGUCCCAUAUUCUUGACUUGGCGAAAACAGGAGUUAUUAAGCCUCAUGUCGACAGUGUCAAGAGGAUGCCUGAGAGGAUCUAUAUCUCCGAUGAGGAGAAAAGAGUGCCAGGUUUAAAAGUGGCAAAAGACCGCUUGACGCUGCUGAUUGGCAUGAACGCUGCCGGCGACUUCAAGCUGAAGCCGAUGUUGAUUUCUCGCGCUGCAAACCCACGCGGGCCUGAAAGGUUACUCAAAGUAUCACCUUCCUGUGAUCUACAAGGCAAAUAA